UUCUGUGUUUUACUUGCUGUUGCUCUGUGCUUGUAAAUUGCGAUUUGCGAAGUAAAAUGUAUAGUUGUUAAAAACAAUAAUUAUUUUUUAACUUCAAAUACUGUUUACAGAGUUUAUUUCAACGUGACUGUGUUAUUAUUUACUCUAAGUGCUUUGAUCAAUAAUCUGUAAGAGUUCUAAAUAGAUGACCCAGAAACAAUAUUGCAUAAAACAUGACAACUGAUGCUGAAGACAUAUCAUUAAGAGUGGGAAUGGGAAGGUUGGAAAUUGAACCACCAAAAUUGUUAAAAAACAUCAAAGGCGAGAACCCAUUCUCAAAUCAUUUGCAAAAAAAAGGUUCACCUAAAACUUAUAUACAGAGUAGUAAAUGUAAUAAAUGUAUGGUACAAAAGAAGAAAAAUGUUUCUAUUUACAAAAAAAAGCACAAUAAACUUUUAAGGGAACCCAUUCUGAAAAUAUCGCACGGGCAUUGUAGUCUAAGAAAUGAGUGCCAACACUUGUAUUCAAAAGAACUGCCAGCAUGUGUAUCACAGAAGCUUCAUCCAGAUAAUCUAUGUUUACACACAUUGGUUGAUAACUGCAACCAACUAAGUAUAUCUAGUAAGAAGAACCAAGCGGGUGUAACAAAUAAGGCAAACAGUUGUGUUAAAUGGUGGAAAAGUGAAACUUCAAGUGAAAGGCGGCUCGUCGGACAGAACCCACCUUCGGAGAGAAGUUCCUCUUGCUCGCAACAAGCGCUUAAUCCUCCUUGUGAUGUAACCAUUGAUGAAUUAGCUAGCUAUUUUGAAACACUGGUUCAUAUACCAAAAAAGAUGUCUUCAAUGGCUGAAAUGAUGUAUAUUUAAUGGAUGAUAAUAAGUGUUCACGUAAUGUUCGGUGGUCCAUGUUGUACUCCAAAGUUUUAAUUUUUUAAUGUUACUCUAAGUGUUCUUAAAUAUCUAUAAUCUUAGUUGAACUAAACAAAUAAAUAAUUUUCAUGUUAUUUGAUUACUAUAUUUGCAUAUCGUCGGUCUAGAUGUGAUAGUUUGUAAGUGCAAACUGACGAACUUUACAGGAGCGACAAGAAACAUCUUUUAGGUAUCACUAAAAGUCAUUUUAUACAACCAAAAACGAUUUUUAAUGUAUGUACUACAAGAUAUUUACGGGCUACCACCGGAAAAGCUGUUUGAAGCUGCAACAAAAUCAAUUUUUACCAAAAAUUGUUAGUUACAAGGUAUCACAUCAAGACCGACAAUAUAUAUAUUUUUCAAAUAUUAGACUAGUACAGAGCAAUAUCAAAAUUUAAAUUUUUAUUUAUGUAUUUCUUACUGAUGUUACUAAAUUGAAGCCAUUUUCAUAAUAUAAUCAUACGAUAGGAAGUUCUUCUCUGUACUAUUCCUAUAUAGUGGAAACUUGAUUUAUUUGCUGUUCUAUCUAUUGUAAUAUGCAUUUGUAUCUGGAUUACCUUCAAGGUUUUUUUUUUAUUUACAAGUUAGCUCUUGACUACAAUCUCACCUGAUGUUAAGUGAUUAUGCAGUCUAAGAUGGAAGCGGACUAACUUGUCAGGAGGAGGAUGAAAAUCCAUACUCCUUUCGGUUUCUGCACGACAUCGUACUGGAACGCUAAAUCGUUUGGCGGUACGUCUUUACCGGUAGGCGGAAGGAUAGUAACUAGACACCACCGAAGCCUCCCGCCAGCCAGACCUGAACCAAUUUAGAAAACUUCAAUUGGCCCAGCCGGGGAUCGAACCCAGGACCUCCGUCUUGUAAAUCCACUGCACCACGAAGGCCGUCAAAAAGGUUAUAACCAUGGGACAAACUACCAAUUUUUAUGUUAAUAACAAGACCAGCUUUGAUUCAAACGUCCUGAUUUUUACCAUGUGACUUUUUUAUUAUAAUUAAUUUAGUUACCUAUUUGUCACACUUCAUAUUAUUUUUGACAUUGUUUGAACGAUAAAAAGUAUCCUGGGGACUAAAUUAGAUGUUGAAACUGUGUUCAGAUAAUAAGUUUGUGUGGUAUUAUAUAAUUUGUAAUUUUAUUUCAUGAAUUGAUUCUCAAUUUUAUUAUAUAUCAAUGUGCUCUGUUUGUGUAUAAAAUGAGAAUAAUAAAAAGAUUUAUAUUGUGUAA